CUUUAUUUUUAUUUUUUAUUAUUUUUAAAUUUGUUCACAAUAUGAACCCAUGUGUCGCCUUUUUGUGCACUUAAUUUACUUCCCUCUCUCUUCUCCAACCAUUUCUUGAAUCUCACAAAUUUUGGGGAGCUGCAAUUUUGGAAUCUCAAUCUGGGUUUGAUUUUCAGGGUUCUUCAAUGGCGGAAUGAUUGCUGCUCAUAAAGUUGAAAAACGUGUGGGGAAUGAAAUACUGUGUUUAUGGUUAUGGAGUGUGAAAGGAAUUUCAAAAAUUAGUUCAGAUCGAAUUCUUAGACAAGAACUUUAUCCAUAUGCUUCACGUGUGCACUCUGCAAUUUUCUUACAGUUCUUCGAUCUGAGCUUUCGGAAUUUCCUAAAACUUAGCGAUGGAGCUGAAGCCAUUGAAGAAGCAGUUGACCGGCGGCAAGCGCGACGACACGCCGCUGCACGCCGCCGCCAGGGCGGCGGAUUCCGGCGCCGUUUCCGACAUCAUCGCCGGAUGUAAAGACGAUGAGGAAGAGCUGGAGCAGCUUCUGUCCAAGCAGAAUCAGUCCGGCGAAACCGCCCUCUACGUCGCGGCGGAGUGUGGACACGUGGCAGUCGUCCAGACGUUGAUCAAGCACUAUGACGUCGUUUCCGCUGGCCUCAAAGCUCAAAACGGCUACGACGCUUUUCACAUCGCCGCCAAGCUCGGCCGAUUAGAAGUAGUUAAGGUUCUAAUGGAGGCGAUGCCCCAACUGGUGGCGACGGUGGACCCAUCGAAUACGACGCCGCUACACUCGGCGGCGGCGCAGGGCCACAUCGGCGUCGUCGAUUUCCUUCUGGACAGAAACAGCAGCCUCGCGACGAUAGCGCGAAACAACAGCAAGACAGCGCUGCAUUCAUCGGCGAGAAACUGCCAUUUGGAGGUCGUCGUCGCCAUUCUAACCAAAGAGCCGGGAAUCGUGACAUGGAGCGAUAAAAAGGGACAGACGGCGCUGCAUAUGGCCGUCAAGGGCAAUAGCACCCGCGUCGUCGACGAGCUUAUCGCUGCCGACGAGUCUUUGCUCGCCAUUGUCGACGGAAAAGGCAAUACCGCUUUGCAUAUCGCCACUCGCAAAGGCCGCGCCGAAAUUGUUCGGACUCUGUUGAAACACAAAGGGCUUUGCAAAGAAGUCGUGAAUAAGUCGGGGGAGACGGCGUUGGACACCGCCGAGAAAACCGGAAAAGCGGAAAUCACGAGCAUUUUGAUCGAGCACGGAGUUAAGAGUGCAAAGUCGAUGGCGGCGGCGCCUCCGAGCGCCGCUCGGGAGCUUAAGCAAACGGUGAGCGACAUAAAGCACGAGGUGCACGAUCAACUCGAGCACACACGGCAAACACGUCGACGGGUGCGCGGCAUCGCUAAGCGCCUCAACAAGAUGCAAUCCGAAGGGCUCAACAACGCCAUAACUUCGACCACCGUCGUCGCCGUCCUCAUCGCCACCGUCGCUUUUGCUGCCAUUUUCACACUUCCCGGUCAAUACGCGGACAAUCCCAAAAACGUCGCGGCGGGGUAUUCUCUGGGGGAGGCGAACAUCGGGCCGAACAUUGAGUUCGCGAUCUUCUUGAUCUUCGACUCGCUGGCGCUGUUCAUAUCGCUGGCGGUGGUGGUGGUGCAGACGUCGGUGGUGGUGGUGGAGAGGAACGCGAAGAGGCAGCUGAUGGCGAUCAUCAACAAGCUGAUGUGGCUGGCGUGCACGUUCGUGUCGGUGGCGUUCCUCGCCCUCUGCUACAUUGUCGUCGGGAAGAAGGAGCGGUGGCUGGCUGUGGGCGUCACGGUCGUCGGGACGGUGAUCAUGGCCACGACGCUCGGGACGCUCUGCUACUGGGUGGUUGUGUACCGCAUCGAGGCCAGGCGGAGCCUGCGGCGGUCGUCGACGAGGAACAGCACCAGGUGGGGGUCGUGGCCGGCCACCGGCGCCGCCGUGUCGGAAAAUUCGGAUGUGGCUGCGGAGGAUGAACAUAAGAUCCUCUAUGCUCUGUGAUGCUGAAUUAAUGUUUAUAUAUAUAUAAUUUUUACAAUGUUUUUUUUUGGGAUUUUAAGGUUUUAAUUUGUAAAUAUGGCUAGAAAUUAAUGCAAUGGUCACAUUCUCAUCCUCGGGUGAUACACUCUCUCUAAUUUUCAAAUUAAG